GAGAGAAGAGAACAAUGCCCAGUACAAAUUCGCGAUUACUGGAAUUUUAGAGAAGAGAUUUCGCUACACAAUGGAAUUCUGUUUAAGAGUCAGAGAGUGAUAGUUCCUAAAGCUAUGAGACCGGAGAUGCUUUCAAGAAUACACUCAAGUCAUCAAGGAAUUGCAGCAUGCCUGAGGAAGGCUAAAGACAUCGUGUUCUGGCCUGGCAUGAAUUCAGAAAUCAAAGCCGUCGUUGAGAGAUGCCCAGUUUGCGCCGAUUUUCAAGCAAAAAAUGUUAAGCAGCCAAUGCAAUCUCAUAAAAUUCCUGACAGGCCAUGGAGCAAAGUUGGUACAGAUCUGUUUUCAUUAAGCGGAAAGAAUUACGUCACAAUCGUUGAUUACUUCUCAGAUUUUGUUGAAGUUGACGAACUUGAGGACACGACCUCACAGGCAGUCAUACAAGUCCUUAAACAGCAAUUCAGUAGACAUGGAAUCCCGGACACUGUUGUUUCAGACAACGGAUCACAGUUUAGCAGUCACGAAUUUCACGAGUUCUCACUCAGCUGGGAAUUUAACCAUGUAACGUCAUCACCACAUUAUGCAAAGGCUAACGGGAAAGCGGAAUCCUCAGUCAAGGCGGUCAAACAGCUAUUCAAGAAAGCUGGACGUGAUGGAAAAGACCCUUGGUUAGCUUUAUUAGACUACAGGAACACCCCCACAGAAGGUCUAGGCAACAGCCCUGCUCAAAGGCUUAUGUCUAGAAGGACACGAACUCGGUUACCUACAGCAGCAAGUCUUCUUCGUCCUGAAGUAAUUCCAGACUCUACAGAGCAGUUAGAGUGGAAAAGGCGAAAAGCUAAGCUUUACCAUGACCGUAGCGCAAAACAGUUGCCAGAAUUGGAGAUUGGACAAGAAGUCCGAAUCGCACCUUUACAGAAGAAUCAAACAUGGAAGCAAGCUACAUGCGUAGAGAAACUCUCGGAUAGGUCUUACUUGGUCAAAUCAGGCGAUCAGACCCUCAGAAGAAAUAGGCAGUUCCUGAGACCUGCAGAAGUACCUACAGCUCAAGAAAAGCAACACAACAAGGAUGGUACAACAGAACCUAGUGGCAAUCACAAGGAAGUACCAACAGCACUGACAAGGUUUGCAACACCUUUGAGUCCUAAGCCGGUGAACUCAACACCCCCGAGUCCUGCAGAACAAUUAUCCAGCACCAGCAGUACAUUACCAGCCUCACAGAAGACAAGAACUCGGAGCAUUCGUUUGCCGUCCAGAUUUAAAGACUUUGAUAUGAAACAUUAGUAGAGGCAUAAUGAUUCAAAGACUCAAAGACUUAAACGCGCAUUUCAGUAUAAUACAACAAGUUCCGUUCAGGGCCUAAGUUCCGUUUAGUUUAGGGUUUUGUUUUGAGUUACAAAAAGUCAGUCUGAUUUUCUUUGUUUAUUAGCUAAGUCUGUUACAGUUGUUUUUUUUGUUCCUUUCAAAGAAAGGGAGAUGUUACGUAUAUGGCUUGAUUGACCAUAUUUAGAUAGCAAUGUACUCUUACAUGAAGUAGAGAUCAGCAAUAAAAGUGUGUCUUAGAUAAAUGGAAAAGCUUGGAGAGGU